AUUACAACCCUCAUUUCUCUACACCAACCGACAGCAACCUUUCAUCGCUAAAGCUCUCGUCCCUUGCACACAAAGCAAUCCGCCAUCCUCUGUAAAAAUAGCUGCCGCGCUUCACCAACUUACAAUCAUUCUCCUUCACCUUCUCCACCUCUGCUACUACAUAUCUCCUGUCAACAAAAAUACACUCACAAUCACAGAAAGAGAGAGAGAGAAAGCAAAGGGAUAAAAAUGGUGAAAAGCAGGGUUCUUGUGGUAGGCGGCACGGGAUAUCUGGGGAGAAGAAUAGUGAGGACAAGCAUCGCAGAAGGGCAUCCAACCUUCGUUCUUCGUCGGCCGGAGAUCUGCAUGGAUAUAGAGAAGGUUCAGAUGCUGCUGUCUUUCAAGGAGCAAGGGGCUACACUUGUUGAGGGUUCAUUUGGCGAUCAUCAGAGCCUCGUCGACGCCGUCAAAAAAGUCGAUGUUGUCAUAUCCGCCAUCUCCGGCGUGCAUGUCAGGAGCCAUCACAUCCUCCUCCAGCUUCAGCUUGUUGACGCCAUUAAAGAGGCAGGCAACAUGAAGAGGUUCUUGCCCUCCGAGUUUGGAACAGACCCAGCAAGAAUGGGGCAUGCUUUGGCUCCUGGUAGGGAGACAUUUGAUGAUAAGUUGGUUGUGAGGAAGGCUAUAGAAGAAUCAAACAUCCCAUUCACUUAUAUCUCCGCUAACUGCUUCAUGGGAUACUUUGUUGGUGGCCUUUGCCAACCUGGGAAAAUAUUACCCUCAACUGAAAGCGUAUGCAUGCUUGGAGAUGGCAAUGUUAAAGGUAAUUAUACAUCCCUGAGUUUGGAAGAGCAAGUAGAGCUUCAAAUCUUAUUAUACAUCUCAGCUGCUUAUGUUGACGAAAACGAUAUCGCGAUGUACAUCAUCAAAACGAUCGACGACCACCGAACUCUAAAUAAAACUAUUUACAUCAGACCACCAGAAAACAUACUGUCACAGAGAGAAGUAGUCAUGGCAUGGGAGCAGCUCAUUGGUAAGGAGCUUAAAAAGACCAGCAUUUCAGAACAGGAUUUUCUCUCUAUCAUCAAAGAGCUGGAGUAUCCACAGCAAGCGGGAUAUGGACAUUUCUAUCAUAUCUUUUAUGAGGGUUGCUUGAACAAUUUCGAGAUAGACAAGGGGGAGGAGGCAUCUGAGUUAUAUCCCGAGGUUGUUUAUACUCGAGUCAACAACCUCGUUAUGUGUAAUUCUUAGAGGUUUAUCUCUGACGUUAUGUGUAAUUCUACAACUUUGCAACUUCAGACUGGACUUUUUAAUUCUUAGAAAUGAUCUUUUAUUGAGAAAAAAAUUUGCGUACGUCAAGGGGUACGCAGAGAUGUGUACAUAAUAGGGUACACGGGCAUUAUAUGGGAGUUACAUGGGAGUUACAAGAGUGUUAUAACUUCCUUGUAACUUUCGUGUAACUCAGUUGUAACCCGCCCUUUUAUUUUAUCCAUUGAGAUUACAAGGUUACAGCGGGGUUACACGGGAGUUACACGGAAGGUUACACGGAAGUUACACAAGAGGUACAACGGGUUAUAACCCCCUUGUAAUUCUCAUAUAAACCUCGUGUACCCUAUUAUGUACACGUCUCUGCAUACCCCU